AUGUUCCGGCGUAUUAGCUGUCAAAAGGUACUUUAUGGUCAGUUGCGUCCAUUACCACUGCAGGCGCUCGUUGCCGUUCUACUGCUGGUUUCUGGUGGAGCAAGUCAAAUGUUUAACCAAAACUGCACUGAAGACAUGACCGCCUGCUCCUGCCCAAAGAAUGACAAAGUCUGCUACUUUGAAUUUUCUGUGGAGCGACUCAUCACUUUUACCCGCUACGUCCUCGGCGCGCCCCUGGGAACAGCUGGAAAAUCUUAUUUCAUCAACGACUCUGGAGAACUGGAACAUAUUCCUCUUCCCCCUGACUCAACAGGAUGCAGCGACACUAACUGCACUCAAGCUAACACUGCCGACGGCGUAACGUACCGCACUUUUAUUGGAAUCAACGGAAGGCUGCCUGGACCAACGCUUGUCGUGUAUGAAGGCCAGACAGUGGUAGUGAACGUGAUUAACACACUCGUCACAGAGCCUAUAACCAUACACUGGCACGGUCUCGACCAAUUCAACACCCCCUGGAUGGACGGUGCGGAAAUAAUAACGCAGUGUCCGAUAGCGCCCGGGACAAGCUUCAGAUACAUCUUCAAGGCCAGUCAGGCGGGGACCUUCUGGUACCAUUCACACAGCGGCUUCCAACGGGGGGAUGGGUUGGCAGGGGGACUCGUCGUAAAGGACAGUUCUGACCCUGAAUACCAUAUAUUACUUUUACAGAUAUUCCUGAGGAACACACAGUCACUUUGCUGGACUGGCAAAGACAAAUAG